UGUCAAAACUGAGAAAAUAAUUCAUCAAUACAAUUUCUUUGACCUCAACACAAUUAAAUUUAUGUUUUUAUUGUUUACAUGAUGUAAAGUUUAUUUAUUUCGGGUCCAUAAAAGAUUCACUAAAACCGCGAUACGAUACCCAAGUACAUAUUAUUAAUCUGGGCCACGAAUGUCUUAUUCGUUGUGAUUUCUUAGCGUAUAUUUUUUGGCUUUGACCAAUAUGGAAGCUGAUUCAACCACAUAUGAUAAUACAAAACCUUUAAAUGAUGAUUGUUUUCCAUUUCUUGUUAGUGCGGGGAACCUGAAACUAUACAGAGAAUUUAUUGAAAACAAUAGUGAAAAGCAUCUUGAACACCACAUAGUAGAUAAAUUGCAAUCAUUAGGCUUGUUGCCUGAUAGUGUUCCAUGUAUCACAAAAAGUCCAGAUUGUAAGGUGGUGAGGAAACCAGCAAGAGUCAUUGAUAAGGUGCAGUGGUACUGCAAAGUCUGUAAGAAGAGGCAACCAAUCCGAACUGGGUCAUUCUUCAUGCGGGUCCAGUGUUCACUCCUUCAGACCUUGCAGAUCAUCCUCGCGUGGUGUGAAGAUGCCGACUAUGCAAUUGCUGCGGAGCAUUUCAAUGUCAAACCAAAAGUGGCACUGAUGAUCUACGACAAGCUUGAUGAUUUGGCGGUCAAAGAGCAGAGUACGUACAAGCUCGGCGGCGAAGGCAGUGUUGUGUUGGCGGACCUGUACCCAGACUGCCUCAACCGGCUGUCUCCGGACACCACGGACCAGCCACACGUGCACAGGAUCCUCAUGCUCGCUGAUACUAAUCACAUUCCUACACAUUACCAGCUGCACGUAAUCCGAGGCGAUAUGAAAAAGGGUGACCUUAUCAACUCCACAGACGAUCAAGCAUUAAAGAGCGAGAUAGAACAUACGGUGUCAGUAUUGACGUCUCCCUCUAGCACGGUGAUAACCGGCACCAGUGUGCCCAGCUUGGACGGCGCGGCGACAAUGCAACAAUUGGCGCAACACUGCGAUCUGCACAUGCAACAUUUCUUGAGUACUCGCAUCUGGCGCCAAGCGGUGAGCCUGUGCGCGGCGUCGCGAGAGCUGUGCGCGGGCGCCGCGGGGGCGGGGGCGGGGGCGGGGGGCGCGGGGGCGGGGGCGGCGUGCGCGGGCGCCGUGCAGCGCUACCUGCGCGCCGCGCUGUGCCGGCUGCGGCUCGGGGACGGCCUCUACCAGCAGGCACUGGCGCUCGUGGCGCGGGACUACACUGACGGCAACGGUGGGCAACACUCUUUGACGCCUGCUGUGUAGACGCGCAUUUGAAAUUUUUAAUAGUGUAAAUGUACAUAGACAAAAUGGUUGCCUUCUAGGCAGCCGCAACAGGUGGAGGGAGUCCACCUGUUGCGGUAUGAAGGCGGUUUGUACCAGCAGAUUUGACAGAGAGCGAAGAUAUGCGCAAGCGCAUUAAUAAGUUGAUUGAAUUUAUGUACUUAUAGAUUUGAGUAAGUAUUUUUAUUACCAUACGACUUGUGCAUUUUUUAAGUCGAUUACAUUCGAAUUGUUGACGAAUCCGGAAUAUUGUCAAUUCAUAUUACGAUUAUGUUUUUUGUUUUAUUAAAUGUUAAAUAUACUCACCCUAAAAUUUUAUUUUCUUACGAAAUCGUAAUAAUAUUUUAGAUUUAGUGUAGGUUCAAUAUUGCAUAAUAUUUUCGUUAUUUCUUAGUUAUGUUCAGUUUAAGUGACAUUCAUGGUAUUACUAGGCUUAAAUUUAGUUUGUAGUAAGUAAUAGUUUUAUUUACUUUUUCCUGUGUCAUAAAUCCAAGUGCCUUUUUAUGAAUAUGUGUAAAACUUGUCUUCCGAAGUGCUUUGACAUUACAUUUUAACAAAAUUAUAUUAUUUUCAUAAAAACUAUUGAAUUUGUAACAAAUUGAAUUAUACAUGGCGUUGAAGAGUUGAAAAUGAUUUAUUUAUAUAGUUAUCUCGAAUAGAUUUGAAAAUAUUGUUAAUUUGAUUAAUUAUUCUCCUAAAACAGACCUACUGACAUUAACUAAAAACAUUACAUACGUACAGAAUUCAUCAUUACGGAUAACUGUUAUAUGUGUAGUUUGUCUUAGAUAAUAAAAAUUCAUAUAUUUUUAUUUAUAUUCGCGUUUGUUAUCGAUUUUUUCGAAAAGAUAUUCCAAUAGGUAUGACACUUGCCUUAUCCCUAUUUUUAAGAAUUUUAUCGAUUGUAGCAAUGAUAUUAUCUGUAUUGUGUCACUUUUAAUUUGGAUAUUAUGAGUGUUUCAUAAAUAUUAUUUAUAUUUAGGAAUCUUGCACAAAACUGUCUUCCUUAACAAAUAGAUAUUACUCGAUAUUGAAGGUUGUUUCCAUUCAUAACUUUGUCAUUGUUAAAGUUACUUAUAUUUAAGAGUUAAAUAAGAUGCGGUUGAAAGUUUACGCAUAUUGAAUUAUCAAUAAAAUAUAUUUUGAAAUAAU